AUGCCGAACAUGAAUAAUGCCUCCGUAGCCAGUGAUGAAUAUGAGGUUAUUGGAGAUCCUCAAUUCCAAAUUUUUGAAACUGCAGAAGAUCAAGUUUUCAAGAUACGUGGUUACCAGUAUUCUAGAUGGCGAACAAUUUUAUUUCAUUCAUUUUGUUUUGCAUUAUGUGGUUUGCCAUAUUUUGCUUUGCAUAAUUAUCCAAAGUACUACAAAUUAAAAUAUGUUAAAUCCAGUUUAAAAAAUGCCAAUUAUAUUUGUGCGACGGACUCAGAUGGAGAUUUUGUAAUGGAACCAAUCCAUGAACAUGAAUUUAGCCUUUCAAAUCACCGAGGCAACAAGUUACGUUACUUCAUUUAUCAACAGAAUCGUUACAUUUGGGUCAAUGACCAUGACUUGUUUAUUAAUGUUCAAGCCCUAAAUGAAAGAGUGACUAUAAAUAUGUUGAUGGAAAACACCGUAGGCAUUAAUAAACGACACCAGAAUGAAUUGAUAAAGCUGUAUGGGGACAAUUCUGUGGAGGUUGAAGUGAAGAGCUACUGGGCACUGUUUACCAAUGAAGUUUUUAAUCCAUUCUAUUUAUUCCAAAUCUUCUCAAUAGUGUUGUGGUCAUUGGACGAGUACUAUCAGUAUGCGACUUGCGUGUUUUUUUUAUCCGUGGGGUCCUGCGUCAUGGCUCUGUAUCAAACGAAACAGAUGAGUCUCAGGCUGCACGAAAUGGCGGGCUCGACGAGCUCGCUGACGGUGACGGUGUUGCGGCCGACCCGCUGCAGCCGCGAGGAGUGCGUGGUGACCGGCACGCGGCUGGUGCCUGGCGACGUGCUGGUGCUGCCGCCCGACGGCUGCCUCAUGUCCUGCGACGCGAUGCUGCUGAGCGGCAACUGCAUCGUGAACGAGAGCAUGCUCACAGGCGAAAGUGUACCCGUCAUGAAGGGGCCACCAUGUAUCACUGGCGAAAAAUACUCUAUCGAAACCCAUAAAAGGCACACCCUAUUUGCAGGAACGCAUGUCAUACAAACACGAUUCUAUGGCAAUAACCAGGUUUUAGCUAAAGUGGUACGCACGGGUUUCUACACGGCGAAAGGGGAACUCAUCAAAAGCAUUCUGUUCCCGAAGCCGAAUGACUUACUCUGUUUGGCUUACAUUUUGCGAGGGAGUUCACCGGGCACGAUAAUCCUCCGCACACUGGACAUCAUAACGAUCGUGGUGCCGCCCGCUCUGCCCGCCGCCAUGACGGCCGGCAUAGUGUACAGUCAGCAGCGGCUGCGCAGGAACCAAAUAUUCUGCGUCUCGCCGCCUCGCAUCAUCAUCUGCGGCAAGCUGCAAGUCAUGUGCUUCGACAAGACGGGCACUCUAACAGAGGACGGCCUGGAUCUGUACGCGGUGAUACCGUCCUACGUCGGCGAGAAGUUUGGCCGGUGCGUCGUGGAGAUAGCCGGCCUCUCGAUCUCCAGCCCCCUCGUACAAGCUCUAGCUUCCUGCCACUCCCUCACCAGCAUUCAGGGGCAGUUGAAAGGUGACCCGUUGGACCUGAAAAUGUUCGAAUUCACCCAAUGGAUUCUUGAGGAGCCCGGACCAGAAAACACCCGCUAUGACAACCUAACCCCAGCUAUUGUCAAACCAUCAACAGCCCACAGUGAAAACUUGCAGAACUUGGAUAACUAUGACACUCUUACAAUGGAAAUGCCUUACGAGAUUGGUCUGUUGAGACGGUUCCAUUUCUCUUCAUCACAACAGUCAAUGGGUGUUAUUGCAAGAGUCCUUGGCCAGCCACAAAUGGUCUAUUUUGUAAAAGGUGCACCAGAGAAGAUCGCGGGCAUGUGCGAUCCCGAAACGCUGCCGGACAACUUCAGCUCGGUGCUGCACGAGUACACCUCCAACGGCUUCCGCGUGAUCGGGCUGGCUCACAAGAAGCUGGACCGCAAGAUGAAGUGGGUGGACGCUCAGAGGAUCAAGAGGGACAGCCUCGAGUGCAACAUGGCCUUCCUGGGCUUCCUGGUCAUGCAGAACAGCCUGAAGCCCGAAACCGCCGAAGUGAUCAAGGAGCUCCACGACGCGCAGAUGAGGCAGAUCAUGGUGACAGGUGACAACAUUGUGACCGCAAUGUCUGUAGCAAGGGGGUGUAGUAUGUUGCAAUCACAUCAGAAAUUAGUGUUGAUAUCUGUUGGUCAGCAACAACUCGAAGACUCUAGACCUCCUCUUAACAUGGAAGUAGUUGAAAUGAUUCCAACUGUACUUAAAAAAGGCAUGGUCUUCGGCCGUUUCGGGCCGGAGCAGAAGACUCAGCUGAUCACCGCGCUGCAAAUGGAGGGCCUAAUUGUUGGCAUGUGCGGGGACGGCGCCAACGACUGUGGCGCCCUCAAAGCGGCACACGUUGGCAUUUCCCUCUCUGAAUCCGACGCCUCAGUGGCGGCACCAUUCACUUCCAAAGAGCAAAACAUAAGAUGCGUGAAGCUUCUCGCCUUAGAAGGGAGAUGCGCCCUCAGCACUUCCUUCGCGAUCUUCAAGUACAUGGCUCUCUAUUCGCUCAUCCAGUUCUUCUCUAUUCUAUACUAUACAAUUGUAAACGGCCACCCCCGCCCGCAGUACUUCUCGAUCCUGGGCAACAACCAGUUCCUGUACAUCGACCUGGUGCUGACCACGCUGCUGGCGCUGUCGCUGGGCCGCGCGGCGCCGGGGCCCACGCUCACCAGGCAGCCGCCGCCCGUCUCGCUCGUCUCGCUCGCCAGCAUAUUGCCGCUCACGGCGCAGGUGCUGCUCGUGCUGGUGCUGCAGGUCUCCUCGGUCUACCUGCUGCACUCGCAGUCCUGGUAUCGUCCGGUGACCGGAGGUCCAGAUGUGGAACUGGUCCUGUGCUGGGAGAACACGGUCAUCUUUAUCGUCACCUCCUUCCAAUAUUUGGUGUUGGCCUGCGUGUAUGCCAAAGGUUGGCCGUUCCGCCAACCUUUCUGCAGCAACUACUACAUGGUACUAACUUUGGUGACCCAGUCCAUAUUCGUGACUGUGCUGCUUCUGUGCCCCUGGCCUUGGCUGGCAAAAGUGAUGGAGAUCAAACCGAUGAACAUCACGGAUACUGAGCAGAACAUUUUCCGCAUUUAUUUACUGGUCAUACCAGUGCUACAUUUGUUACUGGCAAUUGCUAUUGAGGCAACACUUUCGGAGGUGGAUCGCUUCGGGCCAAUGUUCCGCGUGCUACGGCGGCGAUGCUCCAACAAAGAGGAGGUCGCAACUGAAGCCGCGUUCCCACUAUGGCUGCCCCAUUCGACCGCCCAAGUGUGC